GAACUCCUGUACUGCGCGAGCGGCAGUGGGAAUCUUCUACGCAACGCAGACGGGCAACACCGAAACCGUCGCUUCCAAGUUGGCGGAAGCCACAGGUUUGGAAGCCUCGGAUUACGAUGGAGAAGACUUCUCUGAGCUGGAUGGAGUGAUCGCGGGUUGCCCUACCUGGAACACAGGAGCAGAUGAAUAUCGCUCUGGAACCACCUGGGAUGACUACCUUGACACCAUCAAGGAGUACGACCUCACAGGGAAGGUCGUCGCUGUCUUCGGUUGCGGCGAUUCCCAAAGCUACGCGGACAACUUCUGCGAUGGCAUUGAGGAGCUUCACAACGCUUUCCAAGCUGCAGGAGCCAAGCUGGUCGGCUACGUGGAUGAGUCUGGCUACUCUUACGGAGAGUCCAAGAGCGUGAAGGAUGGCAAGUUCUUGGGGCUUCCUCUUGAUGAAGACAACGAGGAUGACCAGACCGAUGACCGCAUCGCAGCUUGGGUGGAGCAGCUGAAGGGCGAGGGCAUGCCGCUGUAA